AAAAGAGAAAGGGUCCAGGAACAAUAGAUCACUCAUUCAAUAUGAAAGAUAGAGAUACUUUAGAUUUAGAAAUUGCUAGAAUGUUUUACUCUUCUGGAUUACCAUUUCAUCUAGCAAGGAACCCUCACUUUAUCAAAGCUUUCUCUUUUGCUUCUAACAAAAAUCUAGAUGGUUAUAUUCCCCCGGGCUAUAACAAGUUAAGGACAACUUUGCUUGAGAGAGAAAGGGAGCAUGUGAAAAGGAUGUUGGAGCCAAUAAAAAAUUCAUGGAGUCAAAAAGGAGUAAGCAUUGUAAGUGAUGGGUGGAGUGAUCCGUAAAGAAGGCCUCUUCUUAAUUUUAUGGCUGUGACUGAAAGUGGACCUAUGUUUUUGAAAGCCAUAGAUUGUUCGGAUGAGAUCAAAGACAAAGAUUUUAUUGCAAGCAAAAUGAGAGAAGUGAUUAUGGAAGUUGGUGUCUCAAAUGUUGUGCAAAUUGUGACGGACAAUGCACCUGUGUGUAAGGCUGCUGGAUUAUUGAUUGAGGCUGAGUUUCCUACUAUAUAUUGGACUCCUUGUGUUGUCCAUACACUUAAUCUUGCCUUGAAGAAUAUUUGUGCAGCCAAGAACACCGAGAGGAAUAAUAUUGUUUAUCAAGAAUGUUGUUGGAUUACACAAGUUGCUGAAGAUGCUAUUUUCAUUAAAAAUUUCAUUGUGAAUCAUCAUAUGAGGUUAUCGAUUUUUAAUGAAUUUGUAUCAUUGAAACUACUUAAUAUUGCUCCUACACGAUUUGCCUCUAUCAUUGUGAUGCUCAAGAGGUUCAAAUUAAUAAAGUUUAGACUCAAAGAGAUGGUGAUUAGUGAGAAGUGGUCCUCCUACAAGAAAGAUGAUGUGGGGAAGGCUGAAUUUGUUAAAGAGAAGAUUUUGAGUGAUAAUUGGUGGCAAAAGGUGGAUUACAUCCUUUCUUUUACUGAGCCUAUUUAUGAUGUUUUAAGAAGCACUGAUACGGAUACUCCUAGUCUCCAUUUAGUGUAUGAAAUGUGGGAUUCAAUGAUUGAAAAGGUGAAAAAGGUCAUAUAUCACUAUGAGAGAAAGGAUGAAAGUGAGGAAUCAACAUUUUUCAAUGUUGUGAACUCAAUAUUAAUUGAGCGUUGGACAAAAAGUAGUACACCUCUUCAUUGUUUUGCACAUUCCUUGAAUCCAAGGUAUUAUAGUCAUCAAUGGCUAAGACAAGACUCUAGACGUGUUCCUCCUCAUCAAGAUGUGGAACUUACUAAUGAGAGAGUGAAGUGCUUGAAAAGAUAUUUCCGUGAUGCUGAAGAUAGGAGAAAAGUGAACUUAGAGUUUGCUAAUUUUUCAGGUGGUAGAGAGGGGUUUGAUGAUUGUGACUCUUUGAAUGAUAGAGGUGUGCUAGAUGCAAAAUUUUGGUGGCUAGUUCAUGGUGUUCAUGCUCCAACUCUUCAAAAGAUUGCUCUCAAACUACUUGGACAACCAUUUUCAUCUUCUUGUUGUGAGAGAAAUUGGAGCACUUACUCUUUUAUUCAUUCUCUCAAAAGAAAUAAGAUAAAACCCAAACGAGCUGAGAAUUUAGUGUUUGUGCAUACCAAUCUUCGUCUCAUGUCAAGGAAAGCUCCCCAAUACAAGAAAGGAGAAACAAUGAUGUGGGAUAUUGCGGGAGAUGAUUUUUCACCAAUUGAUGAAGAUAAUGGGGUCCUAGAAAUUGCUAGUCUUUCUCUUGAUGAACCGGAGUUGGAAGCUGUUCUUUUUGUCAAUGAAAAAAAUGAAGUUACUUUUUAG